GGCUCUGCAGUCGGGAGAUGAGCACUGGCCUUUGAUGCUCAUUUGAGAAAUAAAUCGCUGAAUUUGUCUCUUUAAAAUAAUGCUGCAUAGACUGAAUAUCGUCGGCAUACCAACCGUAUGCCGACGUUGCCAUACGGUUGAAACGACUGGACCAAUGCUGGCCCAACGGUGGCCCAAUGUUGGUUCAACAUUGGCCAAACAUUCCACGCUUAUUUGGACACACGCAACAAUGAGCCGAAUGGGCACUGCUUCGUGACAGCGUCCCCUUGUGGCUGAUACCUCGCGCUUACUGCCAAACCCAGGGGCUCGCGUUCACAUCGCAGGAGAAGAGACAGAGAGGACACCUCGAACGCACAGGGGCCCAAACUGCGCAUCCACGACAGGACAACCGACCGCAGAAAGAGGCUCCGCUUUACAAAGCCUCGGCGUCUCCCGUAACGAUUCCCUCCCGUCGUCGUCGUCGUCACCAUCAUCGCCGCCGUCUCUCAUCCCCUCGCCCUUUCCGUCUCCCGGCCACCGCUGCCAGGACUGGCGGCCCUUCCUCCUCCCUCGGCGUUGUCCCCUGUUUGUGCCGGGCCUGCGGCGGCAGGGACGGCGAGGUGACGUCGCGGCGUGGACGUCGCGAUGCCGGGCCGCAGAGGAGGGCCCGGCGCUGACUCGGCCGGUGCGCGAUCGACUGCCGGCUACUCGCGUCCUGACGAGGAAAUGUCGGCGGCGACGUCCAUGGCAGACCAGCAGGAUUUCCGCGUGGUAGUCAUCAAUCGGCCACAGGAGCAGCGCUUCUGCAAUAACCGCGUCAGCACGGCCAAGUACAACGCUCUGACCUUCCUGCCACGCUUCCUGUACGAGCAGUUCAGCCGCGCGGCCAACCUCUUCUUCCUCUUCAUUGCCCUCCUGCAGCAAAUCCCAGAGGUGUCUCCGACAGGGCGCUACACAACUCUCAUGCCUCUCAUCUUCAUCCUUGUCGUCGCCGCGCUCAAGGAGAUCAUUGAGGACUACAAAAGACACCGAGCUGACAGGGAAGUCAAUAAGAAGAAGACGACACAAGUGUUGCAGAAUGGAGACUGGCAUACCGUGAGCUGGGAGAAGGUUGGCGUCGGUGAUGUUCUCAGAAUCACGAAUGGGCAGAAUUUGCCAGCAGACCUGGUCAUGUUGUCCUCCAGUGAGCCGCAAGCCAUGUGCUACAUCGAGACCGCAAACCUGGACGGUGAGACGAACCUGAAAAUUCGGCAGGGCCUGCCACUGACAGCUGGGCUGCAGACCAGCGAUUCCUUGUUGUCAAUUGACGGGCGUAUUGAAUGCGAGGCCCCUAAUCGCCACCUCUACGACUUCACGGGGAACAUCCAACUACAGGGACAUGGCACGGUGCCACUGGGCCCAGACCAGAUCUUACUGAGAGGAGCCCAGCUGCGCAAUACCCAGUGGGUGUUUGGCGUUGUGGUGUAUACAGGCCACGACACUAAGCUCAUGCAGAACUCUACUCGCGCGCCACUCAAGCGCUCCAACGUGGACCGCGUGACGAACCUGCAGAUCCUGCUGCUGGUGGUGACACUUCUGCUCAUGGCCCUGGCCAGUGCCAUUGGCUCCUCCAUCUGGACCUCGGCACACUGGAAAGGGGACUGGUACCUGGGGUUCCGAGAUAAUGCACCGUCAAACUUUGGCUUCAACUUUUUGACCUUCAUUAUCCUCUACAAUAACCUGAUUCCCAUAAGCCUCCUGGUGACCCUGGAGGUUGUCAAGUUCAUACAGGCCUUCUUCAUCAACUGGGAUUCGGAGAUGUACCACGAGGAAAGCAACACAAAUGCCAUGGCUCGCACAUCCAACCUGAACGAGGAGCUGGGACAGGUAAAAUACAUCUUCUCGGACAAAACCGGCACACUAACCUGCAAUGUCAUGGAGUUCAAGAAAGCCACAGUGGCCGGCAUCGCUUAUGGGCAUAACGAAGAACCAUCAGAAGUGGGAUUUCAGGACCCAGCUUUGCUGCAAAAUCUCCACAGCAAUCAUCCGUCGGCUGGGGUCAUCUACGAAUUCCUCGUCAUGAUGUCCGUGUGUCACACGGCUGUGCCGGAAGCGGAGGAUGGCUCGAUCGUUUAUCAAGCCUCCUCGCCCGACGAGGGGGCGCUGGUGCGAGCCGCCCGAAGUCUGGGCUUCACCUUCACCGUGCGGACUCCAAACAUGGUCGUCAUCGACGCUCUGGGGCAGGAACAGAACUUUGAGCUGCUGCAUGUGCUCGAGUUUACAAGCGUGCGGCGCCGCAUGUCUGUGAUCGUGAGGACCCCGUCCGGAAAGCUUCGUCUUUACUGCAAAGGAGCCGAUAACGCUAUAUACGAGCGCCUAGCGAAUAACUCGUUGUACAAGGAGGACACCCUCCAGCACCUGGAGCUGUUCGCCUCCGAGGGCCUGCGCACCUUGUGCUUCGCGUCGGCGGACCUGUCGGAGGACGAGUACGGCGACUGGCUGGAGGAGUACCGACGCGCUAGCACCGCGCUGCAGGACCGCGCCGUCAAGUUGGACGAGGCCUACGAGCUCAUCGAGAAGAACCUGCACCUAUUGGGAGCCACGGCCAUUGAGGACAAGUUACAACCCGGGGUCCCAGAGACGAUUGCCACGCUCCGACGGGCUGACAUCAAGAUCUGGGUGCUCACGGGAGACAAACAGGAGACCGCGAUCAACAUUGGCUACGCCUGCAAGCUGCUGUCACAGAACAUGUCAGUGCUCAUUGUCAACGAGGAAACGCUGGACGCCACGAGGCGUACGCUGGCUCAGCACUGUACCUCGCUGGGCGAGAACCUGGGCCAGGAGCACGAGCUGGCCCUUAUCGUGGACGGAAAGACGCUGAAGUAUGCCCUCGCCUACGACCUCCGCCACUCGUUCCUCGACCUCGCCCUCUCUUGCAAGUCCGUCAUCUGCUGCCGGGUGUCCCCACUGCAGAAGUCUGAGAUCGUGGAGAUGAUCAAGCGGCAGGUGAAGACCAUCACGCUGGCCGUGGGCGACGGCGCCAACGACGUGGGCAUGAUUCAGACGGCGCACGUGGGCGUGGGCAUCAGCGGCGUCGAGGGGCUGCAGGCGGCAAACUCCUCCGACUACUCCAUCGGGCAGUUCCGCUUCCUGAAGAAGCUGCUGCUGGUCCACGGCGCUUGGAGCUAUAACCGCGUGGCCAAGUGCAUCCUGUACUCCUUCUACAAGAACGUCGUGCUCUACAUCAUUGAGCUCUGGUUUGCCUUCAACAGCGGAUUCUCUGGACAGAUCCUCUUUGAACGGUGGUGCAUCGGCCUCUACAAUGUGGCAUUCCUGGCCCUGCCGCCCUUUGCCCUGGGGAUAUUCGACCAGAUGUGCAGUGCCAACAGCAUGCUGCGCUUCCCUGAGCUCUACAAGAUGUCUCAGAACGCAGUGGUCUUCAACACCAAGGUAUUCUGGAGUCACUGCUUCAAUGGACUUCUGGACUCCAUCUUUUUAUUCUGGUUCCCACUGAAAAUGCUCCAGUACGGCACACUGUUUCGAAAUGGCCAGGUGGUCGAUAAUCUCUUUCUGGGCAACAUGGUUUAUACGUACGUAGUCAUCACGGUAUGUUUGAAGGCUGGGCUCGUGACAUCUGCAUGGACUAAGUUCACACACCUGGCGAUCUGGGGCAGCAUCGCCAUGUGGAUCGUCUUCUUCCUCAUCUACUCCGCACUAUGGCCGCUGAUCCCCCUCGCGCCGGACAUGUCGGGCCAGGCGAGUGCCCUCUUCAGGUCGGGCGUGUUCUGGAUGGGCCUCUUCCUGGUGCCGAUCGUGUGCCUCAUGCGGGACGUGGCGUGGAUGGCGAUCAAACGUACCUGCUUCAAGAGCUUAAUGGAUGAGGUUCAGGAGCAAGAGGCUGCCUGCCAGGAUCCCGAGAAGGUUCUCAUGGAACACCAGCGUGGAAAGAGCCUGACGGAGCGAGCACGCCUCCUGAAGAACGUGUUCCGGAGAACCAACACGGCGGGGUUACGUCGCUCCGAGUCCAUGGACCAGAGUCUCCUCCGCGGAUUUGCCUUCUCGCAAGAAGAAAACGGUGUCGUUUCGCAAAAGGAAGUGGUGCGAGCCUACGACACCACCAAGCAGAAACCUGGUGGUGCCUAAACUCGUGGAGGGGGGGGGGCUGCGUCGCCGUGUGUUUGACUGCCUCCGUGCCCGCCACCCGCCCCCCCUUACGCCCAACGUCAACGACUGCCUGCCAAGCACUCCGUUACACCGUGAAGCAGAACCGCUGAGCUGAACUUCCCUCUUGCCAUUGUGCAUCUCUCACUAUUUAUUGUUUGAAACCUUUCCCAUAACUUGUUUUGCUUGGGUGUUAUUUUGUUUGUACGCGCGCACACACACACAGAAAGACAACGAUAUCACCUAUAUAGCCUUUAACAGACUUAGGGCAAGUGCUGUUAGCGAGCACCUAUGAAGGCCGGCACACCACAGAAGAGGGUGGAUGGCAAGCACCACGCCUGGCCGCCUUUGUCUCCCUAGUGGCGAUGUUUACACACCGCACCAGGUACUCAUUUGAGGCCGAGUCGACCUAGGGCAGGCCCAGGAGAGGCCCAGGUGUUGGUCCUGGGUGGACCAACACCUGGGCCUGCUAAUAAAUGCCACACUACCCCGCUCCCCGUACACAGGCGCACAUACACACACGAACACACACACACACACGUGGUGUAUAUUGACCCCAUUGUGAAAGACACCCUCCCGACUCGCGUGGCUACCUAAUUGAAGGCGAUUGACAUUUAACGUGUGAAAUCACUUUGUUUUUCAUCAACUUGUUGCGUUGAAUGUCGUUUAAGUUUUGUUUUAAAAAUGCAGUACUUUUAUUUUCUCACGCUUCGUCUGCCGUCACGGCAACAAAACAAACUAAAAACCCAACCGCAUUUUUGUUCGCGUGCUAGAAACUGCGGUUGGGUUUUAUUGGUGACUAAAUGUGUUUUAUUUACCUCAGCGGAUUUAACUACUGAAGGAAAGGUGAUGUCUGGAGCAGAAAUGAAAUUGGGUCACUUGCCAGGAUGUCAAAAUGUAGGUUACGUUUAAUCUUUUUUAAUGGCUUACCACUGGUGGCUGGCUUCUGGUUUUGAAUACCCAACCACUUUGCUUUAAAUUUUGAUUUAAAGCUUUCGUGACUGCAGUAAUUCAUAUUCUUAGCUCUUUCGGUAAAGAGCUAAGAAUACUUUACUUGUUUGUUAAAUAUUUUGACCACUUUAUUUUGCUCAUGCCGUUGAACGUAUUCUGUUUUCUUGGAUGGAUGCUCUUCGCGGAUUCCCCAUGAGACCUUUGGAGAUGUUACUUGCCCUUGAUAUAACAAUGCAUUGAGAUUACACGCA